AUGCAGUUCGAUGCAGGGGUGGAGGUCGAUGACAGGGCAUCUGAACGAAUCCGCGUCUGCCUUCCACCAGACCCUCCGGAGUGCAAGGUGACCCAGCAGGGCGGCGAGUACAUCGGGAGGAGGAGCGUCACCCUCUCCGGCCACCCGUGCCAGCCCUGGGCCAGCUCGACGCCCCACGCGCAGCUGGAGCUCGCCCUGCACCGUUGGGCCUUCGCGGAUGCGGAUGCCGUCGACGAGCAGCACAACUUCUGCCGGAAUCCGGACGGGAAAGUCGCUCCGUGGUGUUACAAUGCACGAGGUGGCUUUCCUGCCUGGGAAUUUUGCGACAUACCUUUCUGCAACGUCCAGCCGUCGGAUCGAUCCCAGCAACCAGUCAAGGGUGAAACAGAGAAACAUGCGUAUCCGGAAUGUCGACUGUCCGAGAAGGGAAAGGAAUACGUGGGAACCAGGAACGAGACUUCAACCGGGAAGCCCUGCCUCAGAUGGGACUCCCAGCCGCACGGCAUGCCCUGGGACUUCCUAUGGGAGGCAUCCUACGAGAAGCAUUUCCUCGGGCCGGGUCCGACGCCCCACGAGAAUCACUGCCGGAACCCGGGGGUCCACAGGCGACGGCCUUGGUGCUUCGUCUCGGAUCCUCACGUCCAGUGGGAGUAUUGCGACAUCCCCUUUUGCGACGAUGAAAAGCCACCGGAGUGCAAGCUGACGGGAAUGGGAGGAGAAUACGUGGGGAAGCUGAACGUCACUCUAUCGGGCUCCCCGUGCCAACGCUGGCUGACCCCCAUCCCGAAAGUCCACGAGAAAUGGAAUCGCGCGUCGCGUUUCUCGGACGAGCUGGACGGGAACCACAACUUCUGCCGCAACGUGGACGAAGACCUCGGCCCUUGGUGCUACACCACGGCGCAGCAACGAUGGGAGUAUUGCGACGUCCCCUUUUGUCCCAUCCCCAAGGGCGAGCGGUGCCUCGUUCGUGCGUCCGGGAAAUGUGUCGAUCCACAGGAAUGCAAAAAGACCAAAAACGGGGUGGAGUACAUUGGAACUCUGAACAUGACAACUUCCGGUCUUCCAUGUCAGCCGUGGAUGAGCCAACAGUCGAACCCCCUUCACCAAAUGGGGAACCCUAUAGUGGGUCGUUUCCCGGACGAGAUACACCCGACCCAUAACUACUGCCGGAACCCGGACUCGAGAGACGGCGGUCCCUGGUGCUUCAACGGCAACGGACAGAGUCCCGUGGAGGAAUUCUGCGAUGUUCCCAUGUGUUGA